CCCAGAACCAUGCUGGUGGCUUCAGAAGAAAACCUGUACACUGAACUCACCGUAGUUCCUGGUUAUGAGACUAAAGUCUUCACACUAAAGGAUUCUAAUCAUGAAAACUGCUAUGACAAAUCGAAAAUCAUUGUUGAUACUGUUGUUUAUAUUAGCCUUCUGGAUCACUUUUACAGUUUUCCAAAACUCUACAAAGAUAUGGACUGCAUUCAAGUUGCCCAUUUCUUUCCAUCAUUGGAACUUCAUCUCGAAGUCCUCAGGCCCUGAAGCACCACUGAAUCCAGUAGUUUCACCAAAUGACACUCAACUGAGAGUCAGGGAAAUCUUGGAGAAACUAGACUGGCUUAUCCCACCCAGACCCUUCACCCAUGUAAACACAACCACCAGUGCCACACACAGCAUGAUCACCAUCCUCAACCCUCGAGACACAUACUGCAGGGGGGACCAGCUGGACAUCCUGCUGGAGGCAAGGGACCAUCUGGGACACAAGAAGGAAUAUGGCGGGGACUUCCUGAGGGCCAGGAUGUCCUCCCCAACCCUGAAUGCAGGAGCUUCAGGAAAGGUGACAGACUUCAACAAUGGCACCUACCUUGUCAGCUUCACUCUGUUCUGGGAGGGCCAGGUCUCACUGUCUGUCCUACUCAUCCACCCCAGUGAAGGGGUGUCUGCUCUCUGGAGGGCAAGGAACCAAGGCUAUGACAGGGUGAUCUUCACAGGCCAGUUUUCCAGUGGUGCCUCCCAGGUCUACAGUGAGUGUGGCCUGGCUUUAAAUUCAACUUCUGACCUGUGCCAGUAUCUUGAUGCACAAGAUCAAGAAGCUUUCUACUGCAUGAGACCUCCACAUGUUCCCUGUGCUGCACUCACCCACAUGAAGUCCAAGAACCAGAAAGUUUCUUAUCUUACAAAACAGGAAAGGAGCCUCUUUGAAAGGUCAAAUGUGGGUGUGGAUAUUAUGAAAAAAUUCAAAGUGAUUAGUGUUUCCAAAUGCAAUGAAGAAACAGUUCCAAUGAAAGACAAAUGCAAGCCUGGAAUCCCAUCCACAACCCCCAGUGGCCAUGUCUGGAAAAACACAUGGAAUCUCUCCUGCAGUUUGGCUCCAGUGGAAAUGAAAGACUGCCUGGCAGGAAAAUUCAUAUAUCUGCUGGGAGAUUCCACGAUCCGUCAGUGGAUGGAAUACUUCAAAGCCAAUAUCAAAACACUGAAGUCAGUGGAUCUGCAUGAAUCUGGAAAACUGCGACACCAGCUUGCUGUGGACUUGGAUAGGAAUAUCAACAUCCAGUGGCAAAAACAUGGCUACCCCUUGAUUGGAUCAUUGCACUACUCCGUCAAAGUGAUGGAGAACAUGGCCAGGGUAAUUGACAGAACUGGAGGGGAGAAGAAUACUGUCAUUGUUAUUUCUCUGGGCCAGCAUUUCAGACCCUUUCCCAUUGAUGUUUUUAUCCGAAGGGCCCUCAGUGUCUACAAAGCUGUUCAGCGUCUUCUUCUGAGAAGCCCAGACACUAUGGUUAUCAUUAAGACAGAAAACAUCAGGGAGAUGUACAAUGAUGCAGAAAGAUUCAGUGACUUUCAUGGCUACAUUCAGUAUCUCAUCAUCAAGGAUAUUUUCCAGGAUCUCCAAGUGGGCGUCAUUGAUGCCUGGGAUAUAACAAUUGCAUAUGGCACAAAUGAUGUCCACCCACCUCAACAUGUAGUUGGAAAUCAAAUUAAUGUAUUCUUAAACUAUAUUUGCUAGGUAACAUAUAUCUCUGAAAAUCUUCAUUUGAGUAAACAGAUCUACUGAGUGUCUCCAAACAUGACAGGUUCCUUAUUUGACUCUGAACUCCUAGCUAGCCUCAAAAAUCAUCUGCACAGUGCCUGAUAUGGAUUCAUAAAUUCAGCCAAAUAGUAUAUUUCUAAACUGGGCUUCCCCUUAAAUCUGGAGCUCAGAGGAGACAUGGCAUGUACCUACCCUUCCUGAUCAGAGCCAUGCUGCUCUUCAUCGAUGGAAGUUAAGGCCCCUAUGGGUAAAGGUCUUUUCUCUAAUAUGUGCAGAUU